GGUAGGUACCACCGGUAUUAUUAGCCUAUGAAAAAUACCCCAUUCUCCUUUCGUUCGUUACAUCGGUUAAUGGGAUUCUUAUCAUAGAAAAUAUGAUUUUAAAGCCAUCUGGCAAGGUAGAAGGGCCCAAGGCUAAAGGGGGGCCAAGUCCAGCACAAGAUAAGAAUAUUGGAAUUCUGCUUUUCGUGUUAGAUGGAAUAAUCAUAGUUGCUGCUAUUUUCCUGUUGAUGGGAAAACCAACUUGCCCUGAUCAAAUGGAAGGCAGCAGAGAUCAACUCGCAGCAGAUUACAAUUUCGCCGGUGUUGGAAACGUUGACCUCCAGCGAUAUGGACACGAGAGCCCCACAUAUAACCAAUUUAAGCCAUCGUCUUAUGGCAGUUCGAGCUACGGAUCAAGUGGAUCAAGCUAUAGUUCUGGAUGGGGUUUCAUUUCUUCAUUAAUUGGUGGCAGUCCAGUGUCGGAAAUUCAUGGGCCCUCAUCGGGAUCAAGUUAUCAAACACCAACAACUAGUUAUGGAUCAACAUAUAGUUCAGUUUACAAUCCUGGGUCAUCUACAUCGGGUUCCGGGUCAACAUAUGCAUCCAGUUAUAGCUCAGGUUCAUCAUACUAUUCGUCUGGAUCGCCGUAUGGAUCAAGUUCGGGAUACGGUUCAUCGGGUUCCACUUCGACAUACGGUUCGAAUUAUGCUUCAGGAUCAUCAUCCUCCGGUUCUGGAUCAAGUUCGGGAUAUAGUUCAAGUAGCAGUUACGGGUCGACAUACGGAUCGAAUUAUGGUUCAGGAUCAUCAUCUUCCAGUUCUGGAUCAUCAUCUCCCAGUUCUGGCUCAACAUAUGGAUCGAACUAUGGUUCAGGAUCAUCAUCUUCCAGUUCUGGAUCAUCAUUUCCCAGUUCUGGCUCGACAUAUGGAUCGAACUAUGGUUCAGGAUCAUCAUCUUCCAGUUCUGGAUCAGCAUCUCCCAGUUCUGGCUCGACAUAUGGAUCGAACUAUGGUUCAGGAUCAUCAUCCUCCGGCUCGGGAUCAUAUUAUGGAUCAAGUUCGGGAUAUGGUUCAACUACAAGUUACGGAUCAAAUUAUGGUUCAGGAUCGUCAUCUUCCGGUUCUGGGUCUUAUUCCGGAUCCAAUUAUGCUUCAGGGUCAUCGCCUUCCGGUUCGGGGUCGUAUUAUGGAUCAAGUUCGGGAUCUAGUUCACCUACCACUUACGGAUCGACAUACGGAUCAAAUUAUGGUUCAGGAUCAUCAACUUCUGGUUCUGGGUCACCUUAUGGAUCAAAUUAUGGUUCAGGGCCAUCAACUUACGGUUCUGGGUCACCUUACGGAUCAAGUUAUGGUUCAGGGUCAUCGACUUCCGGUUCUGGGUCGUCUUAUGGAUCAAGUUAUAGUUCGGGAUCGCUUUACGGAUCAGGUUCGGGAUACAAGCCAUCUGGUCCCGGUUCUGGAUCAACAUUUGGAUCUACGACAAGCACGCCACCCUCUGGUUUUGGGUCAUCGUCCGGAUCAAGUUCGGAUAGCAAGCCAUCUGGUUCCGCCUCGGGAUCAUCCUCAUUUCUCUCUGUCAGCUCAUUAUGGGACAGUGUACCGAUAGAAGAAGAGGAGGAGGCACCAAAUCCUAUCACGGCGUUAAAUACAGCCGCAGCUAUCACACCAGAGAACAAAGGAACUACAAUAUCCGAUGCUAGCUAUCCAUAUAGUGAUCUUGUCGAUAUCUACAAAGAAGAUAUCAUCACCAACACCAAUUUUAAGUGCGGCUCUACAGAAGCAAAACCCAAUUUACAAACAGGAAGAAUUGUAGGAGGCGGCGAAGCAGUUAAACACAGCUGGCCAUGGACAGUUGCUCUUAUGAUGCGUACUGGAAUGUGGAACGGUCACAUAUCCUUCAUGGCGUCAUGUGGAGGUACAAUCGUUUCUCCCAGGCAUGUCAUUACAGCGUUUCACUGUUUCAAAAAUAAAGCAAAAAGUGAUGACGUUAGCUUAUCAAUACUCGAUGGAGAUCCCAAUUACAAUAGAAGAGUGUUCAUCGGAAAACAUGAUGUCACAAAAAUAAUAGGAGAGGAGUAUGAGCUCGCAGUUGUGCGACCACAUCCAAGGGGAAACAUGAAUCUAAUAGUGAACGAUAUAGCUUUAAUCACAACCAAAAAAGAGAUUAAGUUUACUGAUAGAGUGCAACCUGCAUGUCUUCCGAAGUUUAAAGUGAUAAAGCCAGCAGGCACGCAAUGUUGGGCUGUCGGAUGGGGGAAUACGAAAGGCACCGGUGAUGAAGGUGUACUAAAGCAAAUACGACUUCCAAUCGUAAGUCUGAAGGAAUGCGCUAAGGAGUUGGGGUUGGAAGAACAUAACAAUCAUGAUAGUAUUUCACUGUGCGCAGGGGGAGACAUGGGCCGGGAUACUUGUCAAGGAGACAGCGGAGGUCCUCUCUAUUGCUUUGACGAUGGAAAAGCAACAGUAUACGGCGCUACAAGCUGGGGUUACGGAUGUGGAAAAGGGACUGCUGGUGUAUAUGCUCCUACUUCUUUCAAUUUGCGUUGGCUUUGCUGCUUCAUGGCCAAUAUUCCAAGUUGUCGAGGUGUCAGUUGUGAUCCGGAUCCACAGUUUACAUAACAUGUCUGUUUUGAGAUUGUUUUAUUGAAUAAAGUUUGCGGUUGUCAUAGUUCCGUUGCUAUCUUUAUACAAUACAACAUUGCUCUCCGUGCUGAUAUUUGUUUCAAUAUUUUUAUACAUUAAAUAAAAUGACAGUGUAUGAAAUAGUAAAA